GCUAAGGGGCGGGGCAUUACGAAAUUCUCAUGAAGCCGGCGUCUUGUGACUCACCGGCAUUUCGGUCGUCCACCGGGAAGGAGUAGCUAUCUCUCCUCUAUUUAAUUUAUUUAUUGUAGCUCACUUUGCAAUUGAAGGAACCCAACAUGCUUGCCCUGUGCCUUUACGUCCCCGUAUCCAACUCCGACCCGGUGGAAGUGGACUACUUCGAGUCGAACGGACUUCCGACCGAACUCAAUUCGCUCUUCAACAAACUGAGCGUGUUUCUGCCGUCCCAGGAGUUUUCAACCUACCAAAGAUGGCGAAAAAAAACCCAAGAGAGGGACGCCAAGAUGUCUGACGACCAGCUGGAUUUUGAGGAAUUUGUGCACUACUUGCAGGACUACGAGAAGGAUCUGAAGCUGGUGCUAAAGCCCCUGGACAAGAGGAAUGCAGGCCGAGUGGACAGCAAGGAAUUCAUCCAGGCUCUCCAAGACAUCGGCGUGCACAUUUCCCAUCACCUCGCCGAGAAAGCCCUUAAGAGCAUGGACAAGAACGGCAUCAUAACCAUCAGCAGUAAAGAAUGGAGCAAGUACCCCACCGUGGAGAAGACCGAGGGCAUUCCCGAGAUCAUCCUGUACUGGAAGCACUCCACGAUCUUUGAUGUGGGCGAGAACCUGAUGGUCCCCGAUGACUUCAGCACAGAGGAGAAGCAGAGUGGCACUUGGUGGCGCCACCUGGUGGCGGGCGGCGGAGCGGGCGCCGUUUCCAGGACGUGCACGGCGCCUCUGGAUCGCGUCAAAGUCAUGAUGCAGGUGUACGGCUCCAGAAGUAACAACAUGUGCAUCAUGAGCGGCCUGAUGCAGAUGAUCAAAGAAGGCGGCGUGCGCUCACUGUGGCGAGGCAACGGCAUCAACAUUAUCAAGAUCGCGCCCGAGUCGGCCCUCAAGUUUAUGGCGUACGAGCAGAUCAAACGUCUGAUAGGCAGGGCAAAAAAAUCUAGAUCAAUGAGCAUGAUGGAAGGUGUCGAAGUGUCCAUAUUUGAUUGA